UCUUUUCUAGCGUUUAUGGAAUCCGCUGAGUGUCUCAUGGAGCUGGAUAGAAAGCCAGCGGUUAAGAGAUGUCAUGACGAGACAUUGGUUGAGAUAGAAACAGCCAAUACGGAAACUGGCAUUGCUAUGGCAGCUAAACUCGAUCGGAUGUGUGGGUUGGUGGUUAUUAAUGUAUUUCUCCAUGAUAUCACCGCAAUAAUUGUGAUUCUUCUUAACCCAUCUAAUUUCAGAGCACUGAAUUUCUUCGCUGGUUGCGUAAAAACUCCCAUUAAGCAGGAUUGUGGAUCCUCAGCUUGGCAAGUGAUCUACAGAGUGCUCAAGGAUACCACCAACACACUGAUGCCUGGAUGUCAGUUCACAGGUGCAUCGUCCCGACUUGUAUCAGCCGAGGUUGAAGAAGCACAGACAAAACCCACGACCCUCGUGACCACAACACCUCGAAUCACUACCGAGCCUCCUACUACGACUCCUUUAGUGUUAGUUGAAGAGUUCAGUUAUCCUCCGACUGCUGCCAUGGCGUCCAGUAGUUCUAGAAAAGGCAUGAGAAAGAAUAUCGUGAGCGAGGAGCUGGCCAGUUCGAAUGCGAGCUCUCGAAUGACUAUUUGCUUCCUAUUGUUUAUUGUGAUGUUCUGCUGA